UUUUGAGCAGCACAUGAAGACGCGACAGGCGCUGAACCAUCUCCCGGAUCUACUGCUGGACGGAUUUGCUAAGCUACUGGACGAGAAAUGCGUGAGUCAGCAAAGUGUAACGCGAGAAAACCUCAGCUCGACGAUCCGUGUACUGCUAGAGGACGCUGGACUAUGGCAGGCGCAGCAGCGCAUUCAGCAAGAGGUAGCCCAAUCAAGUUCAACCAGCAUCAUGCGCUAAGUGUGUGGCGUAUUUGGUGGCUUGGCCACCCUGCUGCCGGAUACCCGCCUUUUCGGGCGCUGCAGCCAUCUGACUUCACGAAGACCAACCGCAAGAUGUUUUCGGAAUGGACGGUGCUGGUCCGACAUAUCGUCGCUGGUGUGGAGGCAAGUACAGGGGCGAGAAUGCAGCGACCAACUUCACAACGUGUAGCCGACGAUCUCUACCAACUCGGCAUAGCUCAUGUGCCGAUGAAGCCGCCUACACAUGCGGCGAAGCAACGGCCCGAGCGAGCAGUAACCACACUGCGACGAAUCCGGCAGGCAAUCCACGA